AUGGUCGGGGGAGAAACAGGAAGAAUCAGCACCACGCCGAUGAUCGAAGGGAUAGGGACAGGCACAAACAUGAAAAGCAGGUGCCCCGUGAACGUGACCCAAGUUCGCAACCGAUCAACCCUGCUGAACGGCCCUCCAUCAAAGACUCGCCUUACGCUCGCCCGGUCAGCGCCUCUCGCGAACAUGGGGUCGGAAACGAACGUGAUUGGGAUCAGAAUCAUGGGGCAGACUUUCGCGAGCCGCCCGAGCCGCGCGUUCCUGACGAGAUUCGCAGUCCGCUGUCGCGCCCUGCAGAGUUCCAUGAGCUUGUCAAGCCCUCAGCAGCUCAAGGUGCCAUUCCUGCCAUUCUCAAAGCCGCAGAAGAGAGGAACAGCAACCGGAAACGACCUCACGACGACACCCGGCGGCAAGACGAGGGCGGCCGGCGACAGGAUAAAGAGCCUCUGCGUCGUGAAAGUCAUCAAAAGAGACCACGUUUCGAUCAAGGCGAUUCUCGCGACUCCAAUCGAUCUGCUUCUCGUCCUGAAACCGACCCAGGUCUCAAGAUGA